CAUUGCAGCCGUGUUGGAGGGACCUCCACGGUCUACAGUUAUUCCCCACAAAAGGGCGUCUUGAAACCGCCUGCACCGAAUAGCAUUUGCUGUUCCAUCAUCUCCCCUCCGCUUUUGAUAUCCCGGAAGUUCACCGAUGACAGGAGAGGGGGGAGAGGGGACGGGUGCUCUCCACCUGGACGAGGAGACCUUCCGCCGGGCCUGCCAGCGUUUCGUCCAGCACUCCCGCACCCUCAGUGAUGGAUGGAGCUGGGAGGAGGUGAAGGGCUCUGAUGAAGGCUACAUGAGGAAGACUGUUCUGGUCCCCGGGAGAACCAUUGCUCACCCCCCCCGAGAUGCAGGCUGUGGACCAGGGGAGGACUUGGACACCCUGGGUCAGGGAGAAGGGCAGGAUUUCCAGGAUGAGGAAGAGGUUGAGGAGCAGGCUGUAGGUGAUGAAGAACAGGCUACAUCAGAGACGACCUCAGCAAUCCGCUAUGAGUACCACGUCCUGUACUCCUGCAGUUACCAGGCCCCAGUGCUGUACUUCAGAGCGUCAAUGCUAGACGGACGUCCUCUGUCCCUGGAAGACAUGUGGGGCAACGUCCACCCAAAUUACAGACAGCGUCUCCUGCAGGGGCCCUGGGACACCAUCACCCAGCAGGAACACCCUCUGCUUGGCCAGCCCUUCUUCGUACUGCAUCCGUGCCGAUCGCAGGACCUGAUGAGGCCUCUCCUGGCAGCUGCCAGUGCAGAGAACAGGAGUCUGAAUUACAUCGUGUCCUGGUUGAGUUCAGUGGGGCCGGUGGUGGCCCUCACCAUUCCCCUGAGUUACGCUCAUAUAGACUGUCAAUCUACAGAGGAGCCUGAAUGAAAGACACACACACACACACACACACACACACACACACAUUCACACCAACACAAACACAAACAUACACGCAGACACACACAUACACACAGAUGUGCAUGCACACACAUUCAUUCAUGUGAACACACACUUGUAAAUGUACACACACACACCCGCACUCUCAUAUUCACAGAACUGCAUACAGAGACACACACAUACACUCCCAGCAGCUCCAGUCCCCCAGUAUCCCAGCAGCCCACAGUGGUGCAGAAUGCUCCUCGGGGUCACGGGGUGCACGCUGGGCUGAAUCGCAGAGCGGUGGACUUGCGAAGGAGACCCCAUCUUACCGCGUGCGCUAGUCACCGAUCUGAAGCAAACAGACGACAUCCGUCUGUCACAUGACCUAUUUCAGACUCUGGAACGCUGUGCGUUGUGUAGUCUGUUCAGCACAGUGCUUUAGAAUGGCGUGAACCCAACUCGUACUUUUUGCAGGGAAUUCAAAAAAACAACACCGCAAAAAAUACCCUUUGCUUACGGUUUGCAAGAGAACUCAUGUGACUAAACAGUGCUGUUCCAGUGUUUCCAAUAAAGUGUCAACCCAAAAUGUAAUUCCUAAAA